AAAUCUCAACACCAUUGCCGACCACAGCUCUCGAGCAAUCUCAACCUCGACGACCGACCUCAAUUCCAUCGACAACCCCCCCACCCCCUCCUUCAUCCCCUCUCUCCCUUCACAAUGUCUGCCGUUGCAUCUCGCGCCGUGCUGCGGCAAUCGAGGGCCGCCGCCCGCCGCACCGGCUUCCGCAAUGCCUCGUCCACCGCCGAAGUCGCCAAGGAGAAGGCUGCUGAGGUGUCGUCCAAGGCCGGCGAAGGUCUAUCGCGCGUCUCAUCCAGCGCUGGCGAGGCUGCCAGCAAGGUCUCGUCUUCGACGGCAAACGCUGCCGGCCAGGCCAAGGCCACGUCGAGCGGUAUCGUGGGCCGCGUACAGUCGUUGAUCCCACGCGUCUCCUAUUACUCGAGAGUCGCUCUCGAGCUCGGCAAGCUCGUCGUCAACCAGCGCGCCAUGGCUCCUCCCAACGUCGCCACGUUCCAAAGCUACUUCCAGCCCAUCAUCAACGCCGCCCGUAACCCCUCCAACAUCCUCAACCAGAUCAACCAGACCGCCAACUCGAGCGCCGCACAGCCCGUCAACAUCCUCAACCGAGUGCGAAACAUGUCCACCACCCAGUGGAUGUCUGCUGGUGUCGUCGCCGCCGAGGUCAUUGGUUUCUACACUGUUGGCGAAGCCAUUGGCCGCCGCAAGCUGGUUGGAUACCGCGCCAACACCCCCCACCACUAGAUUCGCUUGAC